UCGAGCGUGUUUCCCGACGAAUAUUUGGGGCUCGCAUAUAAAAGGCGCGCGUGGCUCUCGGGAGGCAGUUCCUAGCAUCGAGGCGCUUAGCGUGGAACAAGCAUUCAUCCACCUCAAACCAGCGAAGACGAUGAAGCUCUCAUUCGUGUUGGGCGUGGUGACAGUGGUGGCGGCCGUGGCACUCUUCGCUACCCCGUGCCAGGGCCAGCUUUGGGAGACGUUGGUCCCGCUCAUCACAAAGCAGGUCGUGGGACUAUGGAAAAAUGGCGAAAGAGAGUUCUUUGGUCACCAGUGCACUUACUCCGUCACGCCCAAAGUGAAGAGUUUUGAGCUGUACUUCAAGGGAAGAAUGACAUGCCCGACCCUUAGUAGUAUGAGAGGAGAAGCUCUGACCCGCAGUCGCUCAGGAGUGGAGGCGAAAACGGUGGAAGAUUACGUAAAGAAAGUCUUAGCACAGGGUGUGAUAACGGAGGAGGAGGCGAAGGCAUGGAUCACCAACUAAAUGGCCUGGAAGUCGAUUCAUCCGUAAUUUUGUUAAAGUCUGUCCUACGACGGUGGUUGUUCAGCUUGAUUUACGUUACGGCGGUUGGUUCAAUGUUCGGUGAAUAGUUUUUUUUUUGUUAUUCAUUUUUUUGAUUAUUGUUAUUGUCCUUUUAUACUUGUUAUUGGCAAUAAAAUAAAAUAUUUCUCAUUA